GGAUUGACAGAUCCAUAGGCCUACAUGUUAUUAUUAUCGUUAUUAUCACUUUGCGGUAUUUAUACCUCUCCAGGAUCGUAUAACUACAAUAUAUUUGACAUGUAUAUUGUUGUUAUAUGAAUACUAUAGGCCUGGAUCAUAAACUGCAUUGCAGCUUAGUUAAAUGUUUUUAUGUAAUUCUAUCAUGAGUAGCCUAUCUAUUGCAUAACUAUGCGUACAGGACUUCACUGCAGUGGCAAUAGUGCUGCUUAGAGUAGUGUACAACCUGACGUGUCUGAUAAAAGGUGAUAGUUUGACAAGAAAUAGCCGUUUUAAGGCAAGGGCAAAUAUGCGAAAGAUUUAACUACCUUCCCUGUGUUUUGAAUUGGCGCAUCAACAACAGACGUGGUACUGUCAACUCGGUUAAUCUGGAUUAGAGUUUCGCUCUGCAGCCAGGACUCUAAUAAUCAGAUUAUUCAGCAGUCGUUUGGCACUUCUUGAAGGGGAAGCAGAGCAGGCUAGUACGGCUUCACAUGUCUUCGGUGUCUACGCAGAGUGGUGUGAUGAAGAGGAUUCGUUUUUAUCCCCGAAAGUCUAUGAAUGGGAGACCAGAUGCUACUAAAUAUGAUGUAGCCUGCAUGUCGUUUAGUAAAACACGAUAAACCGCUCACGGAUUCAACCCAAGAAAAGUUAAAUUACGAUUUCUGUAGACCAGCUCUUGGUAGGCUAUGUGGUGGAUCGCUGUGCAACAUUCAUUCAGAGUACAGCGCUUUCCGCAGUGCAUUACUGUCGCCGCAACAGACUUCCGAGCUCGACGGCUGCGAUUGGACUUCUUUUGACAGACCUGUCAAUCAAAUAGAAGAAUUACAUGUUGUUCUUCCUUAGACCAACUCAUACAAUUCAAGGGUUCAGGCUGUAAACCUUGCCGAAUGACUAUGACCUGUGGCCAUCUGUUGGUGGAUAUGUGUCCUUAGCCUGAACAGGGAGGCACUUAAUGUGACAAGAUGGAGGAGAGCGAACUCAUUUUUAGCCUUAACCGACAGGACGAGGGCCCAAUGGUGGCCUUCUCCAAAGACAAAGCUGGGUCUAGGCCAGAUCCAAGCCUGGGAUUUGAGUUGGGUCUGGACCUGGGCCAGCGGCGCCACUCCAAGACCUUCCAUGUUCCCCUUUCCCCCUCUUCCCCAGGCUCUCUGGCAGACCUGUCAGCAUGCUCAGCCAGGCCCUUCUCUAGCACUAGCUUGGUGAAAUCCUCGUCAACUGAACUGGAUUCCAAAGAGACCGGCUCCAUCAGACCCAAACCUCUCCUCAGCUUGGUCAAAUCCCUCUCGACCGAGAUCUCCCGCCAUGGCGAGCCAGAGGUCAACCUCUCCAAGUCAGACUCCAAGCUCCAUAUGCACCCCUGGAAACAGCUAACUCAGCCCAAGCUUCCGGAGGCCACUUCUGGAGCAGGGGCAGCGAGUAAGGAGGAUGCCUGGACUGACCUCUCACCGACAGAGCCCCGGGGGAGCUCCCUGAUUGCUGAGUUUGAGGACACACGUAGGAAAUUCUCAGAGGCCAUGCAGGACCCCCUCAGCAUGCUGAAUAAAAUCAUGGGGGAGGAGAGCUCAGGGAGUCCCAAACAGAGAAGGUGUGCUGGGGCAGGGGACUCACCUAGCCCCCUGGCCUGUGCAGGAGGUGGGAGUGGGACUCCCUUGAACAGUGAGGACGGUAGUCUACACACUCAAGGUCCCAGGUGCCGGAAGAAGACAGAGAAGGAGGUGAGGAGCGUGUGUGAAACACCCCUGAGGACACCCAAAACAGCGGCUCUUUCCCCAGAAAACCCCCACCGAGGACACACACGCACACCGAGCAGGGACAGCCACUUUGAGAUCUGCACCUAUGGGGAUGUGAUUGAGGUGGUGGAGGUUCAGGGGGGAUCCGAGGAGGCCGACGUCCAUGGGAGUUCCCAUCCGGUCAGGGUUCCUGGGGCUUCUGUGCCCCGUGGAUGGCUCUUCCUGGUGGGUCUGCUGGCUUACGGCUUCUUUGUGCUCCCCUUGCCGUCCUACAUCACAGGACUGUCUCUUGGGCUGGCCUGUGGCUUUAUGCUGGGGCUCCUGGUAGUGCUGGUGCUGACCCCUCGACAGUCAGCGUGGUCCCCCAGGAGCCAGGCAGAGGCAGGAGCUCGUGAACAUCACAACCUGCCCUCCAUCCCCCUAUCUGGGGCAAAGAGGGACACUGAGGUCCUGGAGGGCUGGAUGAACGAGAUACAUGCCUAUGACCCAGAGACCUACCACCCAUCACUCACCCACUCGGUGUAUGCCACCCUGGACGGCAGCCGGCUGCACCUAGCGUACCCACGCACCAACAUACCCCGGCAGGCAACCUUUGAAGAGCACUCCCACGAGGCCGUGUUUGUACGCUCACGCACCUACCAGCUGGCGGACUGCAAGGUCUCUCUACUGCCCCCUGUCCUUGCGCGAAAAAGAGUUUGGAACAAGAAAUAUCCCAUCUGCAUCAUACUGGCAGAUGGAGAGGUGGAGGAAGUGAGCCUGAUAGAGGGACAGGAGGAGGAGGAGAGGACGGACAAACAGACGUUACCAGACACACUCUCUGACUUGCCCGUCACCCUUUACCUGUUUGGCCGUACAGGAAGAGAGAAAGAGGAGUGGUUCCAGCACUUCCUAUCUGCCUCCAGGCCUGAAUUCAAAAGUUGCCAGAGUAUAGAGGGCUCCAAAUCUGCUAUGAGCAGUAAAGGCUCUAUCUCUGGGAGUACUGAGGACCUGGUCCCUCCAACGGGCCUACGGGAUCUGGCAGGGGGCAUUAAAGAGAGGGUCCUGUUGGACUACAGCUCCUACAUGACAAGUCUCAUUGGCUCAGAGAGCAGCAGUCCAACCCGCAGCCCCUGCCACAGCGACCACGGUAGCCCCACAGUCCUCAAGAGAAUCCCCAGUGAAGAGGCUUCUGCUGGGGGCAGCUCUGCAGAGGGCCAGACUGCCUGGGUCAACUCCCUGGUGGGCCGCAUCUUUUGGGACUUCCUCAGGGAAAAGUACUGGGCUGACCAGGUGGCCCACAAGAUCCAGAAAAAACUCAGCAAGAUCAGGUUGCCGUACUUCAUGAAUGAGUUGACCUUGGCUGACUUGGACAUGGGCAUCUGCAUGCCCCAGGUACUCAGCACUUCCAAGCCAUCGCUGGACCACCGAGGCCUGUGGCUGGAGUUGGAGGUGGUGUAUGCAGGCUGCCUGCAGAUGACCCUGGAGACUAAGAUGAACCUGUGUAAGUUGGGCAAGGAGAGCGGGGCAGAGGCCCACAGAAUCCCAGAGGCCCGCCAAGUAGGUUCCAAACCCAGGCUGUGUGUGUUGGCUGAUAGCGAUGAGGAGUCCUCCAGUGCUGGGUCAUCUGACGAGGAGGAUCUACCUCCAUCGGAGCCUCAAGGAACCCCGGGAGAAAAAGGCACACCACCAUUGGCUGAUGGACAUGGGGGUAGCACCAGUAGAAAGAUCCUGAGGUUCAUGGACAAGAUUGCCAAGUCCAAGUAUUUCCAGAAGGCCACGGAGAAUGAGUACAUAAAAAAGAAGAUUGCAGAAGUUUCAAACAUGCCACUGAUGCUGACUGUAGAAGUUCUGGAGCUCUCUGGAACCUUGGCUGUCAACAUACCACCGCCCCCUACAGACAGAAUAUGGUACAGUUUUCGCGUGCCCCCCAGGUUGGACCUGCGUGUACGCCCCAUGCUGGGAGAGAGGGAGGUCACCUUCACACACGUCACAGAAUGGAUUGAGAGAAAGCUCACAUGUGAAUUCCAGAAAGUGUUUGUGAUGCCCAACAUGGACGACCUCUACCUCCCCCUAAUGACCUCUGGCUUGGACAACCCCCCGCCAUUCCAACACUCCCCUGCCCUCUCUUCGCACCAUUCUUCAGACGAGUCCCAGGAGUUUGUUUCAGAGUAGCAUCACACAAUGUCCGGGAAUGGAACUGCAAUAUCCUCCCCUAACGUGGGUCCAGCAUGGGUUCACUGAUAGUGGAUUCUUCAGCAAAUGUGGCCCGACGUUGCCAGGACAGUUAGUUGGGACUCUGUUACAGGGUUGAGGAAGUGUGUAUGUACUGUGUAGCAAAGCAUGCAGACACAGGCCAGAGUAGCAUGGCUCAACUCUGAGAACGAGAGGCAUGAUGGACGUCGCUUGCCAUGUUGUUAUAGCACCCCCUACUGCUUCAGAGGAGGGAACUGACACUAGUUAAAUGAACUGGGAGCUGGGAUGCUUCUCUUCUGACUGUGUAUUCUAGUUCAUAACGGGUUUCCUCUCUGGUAGUGGAUUUGAGUAGCAGGACUCUGUCUGGUACAAGGGGCUUACUGCUCUGUUCUAAUGGCACAUUCAUGCUGACGAUAAGACCAACAUUUUUCAAAGAUGUUUGAAUGCAAGAAGAAAUGGUGUCCCCAGGAGGACUACUGCCCCUCUGCAUUUGUUAUCUUUAACUUCCUUUUCUUCCAUUCUCUUUUCUUAUUCUCUACCCCCCCCCCACCACCUCCCCUCCCCUACCCAGCCACCCCUCACCUUGCCAGUAUUGACUUUCAGUCUGCAUGGAUUCCUUUGUACAGUUUAAUUGCUCUUAAUUCUUAAGACAAUAAAGAAUGUAUCCGUUUAAAGUGUUUUUAUUCAGUGUGUUGUGAGAUAGAGCAAAUUACUUAAACCUAGAAAAGCAAAUGUAUU